AUGUAUGACCCGUACAGUGACGAUGACGAUGAUGUGAUGGACUUACACAUGGUUUGUCAACUAACACGUGACAUUUCUACGAGACAACCGCAACGUAAUUGUCCAUACACUAGCGAGCAGUACAUAAAAUUCUUACUAAGUGGAAAUCCUAAAUCAAUCCAUGAACAAUUGCGAAUGGAAGUCCCGAUAUUUGUGGAAUUGGUUAAACAGAUUGUCCGUAGAAAUGUUGUAGACUGGUCGAACAUGCGAUUGUCACUAGAAGAGUCAUUGGCUAUGUUUUUAUUUAUCUGUGGUCAAAGUUCAGGAACAAGUAAUGCUAGAGAUCGAUUUCAGCACUCAAAUGAGACAAUUCAUCGUCAUUUUAUACUUAUGAUGCGGGAAUUGGGAAAUCUUGCACCAUUUGUAAUCCAACCACCGAACAUGGCUGUUACCCAUCCUAAAAUUCGGAAUGACAGACGGUACUGGCCAUGGUUUAAGGACUGUGUAGGGGUCAUAGAUGGCACGCAUAUUGUUGUUGUGGCACCAGAAGGUGACCAAAUGCCAUAUCGAGGUAGAAAAGUGCAUACAACUCAAAAUGUCAUGGCUGCAUGUUCAUUUGGCAUGAAGUUUACGUUUGUAUACACUGGUUGGAAAGGUAGUGCACAUGAUUCGAGAAUUUUUCUAGAAGCACUUACCACAAAUUCUGCUGACUUUCCAUACCCACCACCUAGUGAAGGUGAAGGUGCAAGUCAAGUUCAGGGUCAAGGGAUCCAGAAGGUGCAAGAGCAUGAUGAAUUUUUCGAUGCAGAAGAAUCAAGUGACGAAGAUGAAGACGAAGAUGAAUAUGAAGGUGAAGGUGGAGGUGAAGGUGUAAGUGAAGUUCAGGGUGAAGUUGGAGUUCAAAAUGUCUAUGGAAAUGAAGAUGGAGUACCAGCUAUACAACAACACGACCAUGUGAACAUGUCAUGUGAACAACUACUGCAUAUGGGACAACGACGAGAUGAGGUUACAGCAUCUAUGUGGGAAGCAUACAACAAUAGGCAUAUGAUUACAAGUAGGUAG